CUCCUCCCUUCGCGUUCCCUUACUUCCACCCGGUCGCAAGUCCUAGACUAGAUUCCCCUUCCCCAACACCAUCACGACACGAAAUACCGCCAAAAUGACUGUCCCCAACAACACCGGCAAGACUUUCCUCUUCACAUCCGAGUCCGUCGGUGAGGGCCACCCGGACAAGAUCUGCGACCAGGUCUCCGACGCCAUCCUCGAUGCCUGCCUCAAGGAGGACCCGCUCUCCAAGGUGGCCUGUGAAACUGCCGCCAAGACCGGCAUGAUCAUGGUCUUCGGCGAGAUUACCACAAAGGCCCACCUCGACUACCAGAAGGUCGUCCGCAAUGCCAUCAAGGAGAUUGGCUACGACUCGUCCGACAAGGGCUUCGACUACAAGACGUGCAACGUCCUCGUUGCCAUUGAGCAGCAGUCGCCCGACAUCGCCCAGGGUCUGCACUACGACGAGGCCCUCGAGAAGCUCGGCGCCGGUGACCAGGGUAUCAUGUUCGGAUAUGCCACCGACGAGACCCCGGAGCUACUGCCCCUGACCCUGCUGCUGUCCCACAAGCUCAACUCGGCCAUGAAGGAUGCCCGUAACGACGGCUCCCUGCCAUGGCUGCGGCCCGAUACCAAGACCCAGGUCACCGUCGAGUAUGCCCACGACAACGGCGCCGUCAUCCCUCUCCGUGUCAACACAGUCGUCGUCUCUGCCCAGCACAGCGAGGACAUCACCACCGAGGAGCUCCGAAAGGAGAUCAAGGAGAAGAUCAUCAAGAAGGUCAUCCCCGCCAAGUUCCUCGACGACAAGACCGUCUACCACAUCCAACCUUCCGGUCUCUUCAUCAUUGGUGGACCCCAGGGUGACGCCGGUCUUACCGGCCGUAAGAUCAUCGUCGACACCUACGGAGGCUGGGGAGCCCACGGUGGUGGUGCUUUCUCCGGAAAGGACUACUCCAAGGUUGACCGCUCCGCUGCCUACCUUGCGCGCUGGAUCGCCAAGUCGCUCGUUACCGCCAAGCUGGCCCGCCGUGCUCUCGUCCAGCUGUCGUACGCCAUCGGCGUUGCUGAGCCCCUCUCCCUCUUCGUUGAGACCUACGGCACAUCAGACAAGACCUCCGAGGAGCUUGUUGAGGUCAUCCACAAGAACUUCGACCUCCGCCCCGGUGUCAUCGUCAAGGAGCUCAACCUGACCAACCCCAUCUACAACCAGACGGCCAAGAACGGCCACUUCACCAACCAGGACUUCACCUGGGAGAAGCCCAAGGAACUGAAGCUCUAAAUAAGACACAACAUAGUGUUCUGCAUGAGUGGGUUUGAAUCAACUUCACCCACAAGGUCAAGAUUUACGACAAGACGAUGAAUGAUAUGAUUUGCAACAUAUCUUUGGAACGAGGCGGGCAUAAAUUCAUCUUUCAACAAGUUUUCGGCGUCGGGAAGGGCAUAUACCCCUGUGAUACCAGCCCUCUUUUUCCAAAAGUUUUCUUGCAGCUGUCAUAUACUUUUCUAGAUGGUUUGCGACAGUGACCCAGUGCGGGCUGUCUUUCUUUGCAUGGCGUUUUAGAGUUGGGAGCUUUCAACAUUG